UGACGAACGAACAAAAUUUAUUUAAAAAACUUAAUUUAAAGUUUAAACUAUGUUGAACAGAGUUAUCUUGUCUGCGCGACAACUUACAAACGUCAUCGGUGGUGGUAGUGGUGCAGUUUUUGACAGAGAGAUAAUGAGGGAGAUGGGUGAGUUGGGUGUGUUGGGGUCGACCAUACAGGGCUAUGGGUGUGCCGGAACCUCUUAUGUCACAUAUGGGCUGCUGGCUAAAGAAGUUGAGAGGGUGGAUAGUGGUUACAGGUCAGCAAUGAGUGUCCAGUCCUCCCUUGUCAUGCACCCCAUCAACGCUUAUGGGACUGAGGUACAGAAGGAAAAGUUCCUACCCAAGCUUGCACGCGGUGAGUUGAUAGGAGCAUUUGGGCUGACGGAGCCUAACCAUGGCAGUGACCCAGGUGGCAUGGAGUGUAGGGCCAGCUAUGAUGAGAAGAACAAGUGCUAUGUACUUCAUGGUACUAAGUCGUGGAUCACCAACUCCCCCAUAGCAGAUGUGUUCAUUGUGUGGGCGAAAUCAUUUGCCCACGGCAACAAAAUCAAAGGGUUCAUCUUGGAGAGGGGGAUGGAGGGGUUGACCACCCCCCAGAUUCAUGGCAAGUUCUCACUAAGGGCCAGCAUCACGGGUCAAAUCGCCAUGGAUUCUGUCAAGGUGCCUGAAGAGAAUCUGCUGCCCCACGCUACUGGACUGGGGGGUCCGUUUGGAUGUCUAAAUAAUGCUAGGUAUGGAAUUGCGUGGGGAGUCAUUGGAGCUGCUGAGUUUUGUUUCCACACUGCCAGACAGUACGUUCUUGACAGAAUGCAAUUCAAGCGACCACUAGCGAAGAACCAGCUGAUUCAGAAGAAACUUGCUGACAUGAUGACAGAAAUUACCCUGGCCCAACAAGCUUGUUUGCAAGUUGGCAGACUCAAGGACAAAGGAUUAGCAGCCCCCGAGAUGAUCUCGCUCAUCAAGAGGAACAACUGUGGCAAGUGCAUCGACAUUGCUCGUAACGCCAGAGACAUGCUUGGAGGAAAUGGAAUAGCCGAUGAGUACCACGUGAUCAGGCACGUGAUGAACCUGGAGGCUGUCAACACAUAUGAAGGUACUCACGAUAUCCACGCACUGAUACUUGGACGUGCCAUCACAGGCAUUCAGGCCUUCACCUCAGACUGAUCUGAUCAUGCAUCAUCCAUCAUCACCAGCAUUGCCAUUCAUCAUCAUCAUUUUCUCGAUCGUUGUUAUCAUUAUUAACUUCAUUCACAUUAUCACCAAUUGUUAACUUAUUAAGUUUGUUGUUGUCAUUUAAAAAUCAUUAUAUUUUGAGAUUAUUCACUUUACUUUAUAAUUUGAUCAUGGUUAAUUAUUUUCAUUCUUUCUGCAUUGAUCUGUAAAUUUUCAUAAAUACUUCUCGAAAUGAAAAUUGUGUUGUACAGUUACAUUCCUUUGCAUUAACCUAAGGGCUAAUAAAUGGAAGAACGUACAAAGGGGCGUCACAUUUUUAUGGAGUUGCAAAAAUGCAUGUCUCCUGGAAAAAUAACAACAGAGUUGAAGUCUUUUGCUCUUUGUCUUCUUAUCUUCCCUAGCCACUUUCAGUAUUAAAAACUGCAAUCUGAAAAUUCUUUUCACUUACGAACUUCCUCAUCAGUUAAAAUUUUCGAACCUCUCGCUCCUUGCAUAUGCUUUAAUUGAAGCAACACCCAUCCAACUGGCCAAGAUUCGGAUCGAGCGUUUGAAAUGCGUUCGGUAGUCAUUAUUGAACACAGCGAUUUAUCACAAUACUCCGUCUCCUGAACUAUAUAUUAAACACAACACAGAAAUCACAAGUCGGUCUUGCCAUGUUCGCAAAUGUUUAUUUCGAUGCAUCUUAAUUCUUUUUUUUGCAUUUGUAAGGUGCCUUAAUGAUGUUUAAAUGUAUUAACAACUCUUAUUGUGUUUCAGUGUGAUGGGAGAUAUUUUAUAGUAUAAAAAUGAUUUACUAGACUUCGUUUCCUAUGAAGUUUUUGUAACAAAUUAGUCUACUCACUGUCUCGGCAAAUGAUUUAUGCGUUAUUUUUUCAUUGUACAAUGCAACAUUUAUCAAGAAUUAUGAGAUGGUCAUGGUGUUAUACUUAAUGAAAAAUCGUUACAUUGAAUUAAUGAAUUAAAUUUGAUUUGCAGCACCAAGCAGAAAUGCUUCCUAAAACUCGUUUUAAUGCAUUUUGGUUCUUCUAAAAUAAAUUAAUAAAUAGAUGUUCGUUUUAAUGCACCGUGAAAUGUUGGUUCAUCCAAGAACAAAUUUACAAAAUUUUAUGCCCAGCGUCCAAUCACGCAAUUUCUUCAAAUUCUGUUCUUCAUAUUUUAUUGAAUAAAUAAAAUUGUUUGAAAUAUAUUA